GUGGGCAGCGGCCCGGGAGUCGGCUUCAACGUUAACGUUGCCUUUACUGGAGGCCUCGAUCCUCCGAUGGGAGACGUGGAGUACCUGGCUGCCUUCAGAUCAGUGGUGAUGCCCAUAGCCAAUGAGUUUGCUCCGGACAUCGUGCUCGUCUCUUCAGGCUUCGACGCCGUGGAGGGACACCCGCCACCGCUGGGCGGCUACACUCUGACGUCCAAAUGUUUUGGCUAUCUGACCAGGCAGCUGAUGACCCUCGCUGGAGGCCGCGUGGUCCUGGCUCUGGAGGGGGGUCACGACCUCACCGCCAUCUGCGAUGCCUCCGAGGCCUGCGUGGCCGCCCUGCUCGGCCAGGAGCUGGACCCGCUGCCAAAGGCCGUUCUCGAGCAGAGGCCCAACCCCAACGCUGUGCGCUCUCUGGAGAAAGUUUUAGAGACUCACAGUAAGUACUGGCGCUCGGUGCAUCGCUACUCGCCACACUUGGGGCUCUCCCUGCUGGAAGCCAAGCGAGGAGACUCGGAGGAGGCUGAGGCCGUCAGCGCCAUGGCCUCGCUGUCCGUGGCCAACACCAACACCAUGGAUCAGAGGCCGGAGGAGGAGCCGAUGGAGGAGGAGGAACCACUGUAACGGCGGGAAACACAAGGGUGUCACACUGUUACCAUUGACCUCUUCGGAGAACGUCCUCUUUGAGCUGCGAAGAGUCUCGACUGAACCCUUCAUUUAGUCCCCCUAAACCCCACUCACCACGUCAGUCACCUUGAUUGGCGGCCCCUCGGCCAAAAAAACGAGGGGGAGGGGGUGGGCUCAGCCUCAGAGAAGGGAGCCAAACAGGAGACGGAGGACUGAAUUGGGGAAAACAUUAAACAUGACAGCGUCGCUUUGGCGGCUCUCGCUGAGAGACACUUUUUCUGUCAGUCUUCACACCCCGACGUUAGCCCACAGCGGCUAACCACGUGACCCAGGCAGCGGGCGAGCGUGUUUGGAGCGGGGGGGGAGAUUGGGUCUCGCCAUAGAAAGGUGUGAUAACAGGAACAUACGGUGCUUUAAUGCCGCUGCCCUCUGACCGCGCACACAUGUGGACACCAGGGACAGCAGAUGUCCCCAGCUGUUAAACGCAGCUUGGGGAUUUUCUUUUCUCAUUUACUCGACUAUUUUUCCCGACAAACUAAGGGCAUCGCGGCAACUGAGAUAAUAUUUUACAAGAUGCGUUCACUGUGGACUUUGGUCGGCCGAAGUUUGAGUAGGCUUCUACAAAGAUUUGACGGUGAGACUGUCACCGUGCUGGGCCAGCCUGUCGUUGAGAAUUGAAGAGGGAGAGGAGUGCCUUGAGGGAGGGUCCGCUGGAUUUCAGGAUUGUUCAGAAACAGAUUGCCUUAAAGUAAAAAAG